AUGAAGGACGGGGACAUCGACGCCGUCGUCUCCAGGAGCCCCGCCCUGGAGAUCCUCAACAUCCAAGGGAGCAUGAAGGGGGUGCAUCUCCGCCUCCUCAGCCACAGCCUCCGUUGCGUGCAGAUCUGCUCUUUCGUCAUAGAGAGCGUCAACGUGGUGAACGCCCCGCGUCUCGAGCGUCUCAUCCUGUCAGAGUGUCUCAAUCCUGCCGGCGGAUCGUGCAUCAGAGUAAAGAUUGGCAACGUCCCCAAGCUGAAAGUAUUCGGGUUCCUGGAGCCAGGAAAAUACGUGCUAGAGAUCCAAGACACUGUCAUCAUGGCUGGGAUUAAGACAAGUGCAAGCAUGAUGGUCACAAGCGUGAAUGUCCUUAGUAUGAAGGUGCGCUUCGGAGUCUACGACGAUGUCAUCAAGAUGGUGCCCGCCUUCCUCAAAUGCUUCCCCAAUGUCGAGGCGCUGCAUAUUACGUCUGAAAAAUGCGAUCAACUCGCUGGCAAGUUCGACCUCAAGUUCUGGGAAGAGGUUGGUCUCAUCGUAAGUGUGCUCUUGCGGCUCAAGGUGAUCACCUUUCGUGAAUAUCGUGCCAGGCAAGAUGAGCUUGCCUUCCUCCAGUACAUCUUGCAGCAUGCAAUGGUGCUCAAGUAUGCAGUGGUUCAGAUGGUCAAUCCAAAAUUCACUUCACUGUCAGUAGAUGAGAUGGCCUACACCAUAGACAAUAUGCAGCCUCCUAAAAAUAAAAAGUGGGCCAGCACAGUUGGUUUAUUAACCAUGGGGACUCAUGGUCCUGAAGGAGGUGAAACUUGGACUUUUCGGAAAGGAGCAGACCUCUCCAACGAUGACCCUAUUGCACCAGUUAAAUUCAUCAUAAGGGUUGCAGGCCCGGCGACGCGCCAGCACAAGUCACGAGCUGCCAAGCAUCGCAACUGA